UGAGCCGCAUUACCUGUCCCCUUACAAAUUCUGCUGGCGCGGGCAGCGGCUACAGCAGAGAGGGGCAGAAUCGAUCAGAAAUGAUCCAGGCAGCUCCUGAGCCUUUCACGCAGGACUGCAAGGAAGAGACAGAAAGGGAAAAGCUCCCCAAGCAUCAAGAGCUUUCCAGCCAUAUGUGCGUAAAAAUUUCUUCCCGUGCCACGUGACAGAGGAAGAGGCGCAGACCCAUUACACAAUAAUAAAAAUAUGCCUUUGGCAACGUUGAGCCGAAACCUGGAGCUGCUGCAGGAAGCUAGCAAUCCCCACAAAAAGGAGUAAAACGUUAAUAAAAAAAGAAAGACCGAAGUCAAUAUUGCACACCCCUCAGAAGGACGCUGCUGCGGCAGGACGGGGCUCGGGCUCUGCGCGUGACAGCGAUCUGCAGCAAAACAUCUGCUGAAAAUCCUGUAGGUUUCCAGCGCCUGUCAAGAUCUCACUGAAGAGAUUAGUCGUGCCUGCGCCAUGAUCUCUGCUGUCCUCCUCCUCUGGACCGUGCCCUGUGUGGCAAACCACAUCCUUGGGGGCUUUGCCAAGGGAGCGCUGCAGGAAGGUCCCCAGCUGGCGUGCAGCCUGCCGGGACCCCCGGGGCCACCCGGCCCCCCCGGCACGCCCGGGGCUCCAGGGACGGUUGGCAGGAUGGGCUUCCCCGGCAAAGAUGGCAAGGACGGCAAGGACGGGGAUAAAGGCGAGCACGGCGACGAAGGUCCACAAGGCAGAACAGGAAACCCCGGCAAGCCAGGACCGAAGGGGAAAGCAGGAGCUAUUGGCAAGGCAGGCCCACGAGGGCCCAAGGGUUUAAAGGGUAAUCCUGGAAAAAACGGGGCACCGGGAAAGAAAGGGCCCAAAGGGAACAAGGGCGAGACCGGGAUGCCAGGACCCUGCACCUGUAACACCAACAAAGCCAAAUCUGCCUUCUCUGUGGCAGUCUCAAAGAGCUACCCAAGGGAAAGGCUGCCCAUCAAAUUUGAUAGGAUCCUGAUGAACGAGGGAGGACAUUACAACGCUUCCAGCGGGAAAUUUAUAUGCAGCAUCCCAGGAAUUUACUACUUCACUUAUGAUAUCACUUUGGCCAACAAACACUUGGCCAUUGGCUUGGUCCACAACGGGCAGUACCGGAUCAAGACUUUUGAUGCCAACACUGGGAACCAUGACGUUGCCUCUGGAUCAACCAUCCUUUCCCUGAAGCAGGAGGAUGAGGUGUGGCUGCAGAUCUUUUACUCAGAACAAAAUGGGCUCUUUUAUGAUCCCUACUGGACAGACAGCUUAUUCACUGGCUUCCUGAUAUAUCCCGAUCAAGAUUAUCUCAAUGAAAUAUAGGACGAGAAACCAGCCUGUGGGAAAUAGCAGGAAACGCAUGAGACCUCAGUCCAGCAAAGUAUAGCCUGUACAUGGACAUGUGUGGGAUUAUCAUACAAUUCCACAUUUUUGGCGCUAACAGCCUGUUUUGGCUAUUUUGAUAUUGACUUGAUGUCAUCAACUAAUCCACAGGGUACCAGGACCAGUAGGACUCACCUUUAAGCAGCCUCGUGAAUCUCUAAAUGUCAAAGCCACCCGUUAUGUUUUACAUGAUGAUUCCAACGCUCCAUGUAACUCAAAUACUGGUGCAGAAUGCUUUGAUUAUUAUAUUAUUAUUACAAAGCAUCGAAGCCAACAACCGCUUCCUGAAAUCUGAGCUCAGAAGCGCCACUGAUGCUGGAGACCCCUCCACUGCACCUCCUCCCCCUACACCCCAUAAGAGUAAUAAUCCUUGCUAACAGAGUUACACUUUGCCAGCUACUUAAGAGUCGGGAAGUUGUCAGCUAAAGUUGUAAGAGUAGCUCUCAGCCUCAUCAAAGCAGUAUUAAUAAGCAAAGGCAUCUGGUCGGAAUAGGAAAUGACACAAAAGAGCGAGCUCGUUUCUACGGUUAAAGGUAAGACUCCUGGUAAGACGCACGCUGCUGCACUGAGCCCCACCGGCGCUUCUCAGAUUUCAGCCUCGAUCUACCACCGCUGGAGUCCUGCGUCUGGUUUUGGACGAGCGUUGGUAAGCGGUGACCAGAGCCUAAACUGGACUGUGCAAGCCAAAUACCUGCGGGCCUCCGAGCCACGGUGGAGGAUCAACAUUACAGAUAAGACUCAACUGUCAAAGACAGCGUGAAGCUUCACUCCAGAAAGAGAUUCAUUGAUAACCUUCUCCUUUCAUCCCUGCCAGCUUUUGCUGGAAGGAGAUACUUGUGGUGCUGCCAAGAUCCUCCCCAAGGGCUUAAUGCUCCAGCCUGACCCUAUCUUACUGCUGCUUUGCUUUUUUGAUAUUGUAUGUCAAAUAUUACAGACGCUCAAAAAAAAAAAAAAAAAAAAAAUCAAUGUUUUGGUUCUAAACUGUAUAGAAAAAAACCCCAGAAAAGUCAAAAGCUGAACUUCUGCUCAGCUGAGCUUUUUUGCUUUUGCUAAGCUGAGCUUAGCAAUUUUUUACCUCCUCCGAUUCAGCUAGUGCAGGGCCACGUUCCAAACAGGUUCGCUAUUACCAAAGAGCUCUCCUGCUAUAAAGCCGCUCACUCAUUCUGGCUGCCUUGCCCCAGGGCGUCCAACGCUCCUGUAACACAGAGGUCUCUGCCUCAGUAGGCGGAUGGAAGGAGUCUCUUCCUCACUGUCAGAUGCAUCUUCUUGGUUUCCAGUCAUAUUUCUCAUCUCCUUUAUCACUUGGUGAAAAUGCUCAUGAACUUCCAGCUCCCCUAAUCCUCAUAUUUAGGCAUUGAAGAGAUAUCCCAUAAGAACAAAGAUUAUUUUUUUUUAAUCUUACUUUUACAAAUCAUAAUAUUUGCAUGAUUUUUGUAAACUACAGUAAUAGCGAUACAUCUUACAAAAAUCUUUUCAAAUACAUUUUAUAAAAUAAAGUCGAA